AAUUAGAACAACGAGGAAGGCUUUACUGGACUUACCGUGUCGCUUCUUUCAGCUGCGGUAAAUAUAUCCAAACAAACGAUCUAUAUAUGCUUUUUAACACAACGAUUUCACACUGAGGGAACGUUUUGAAAUGGCAGCGAGCGUAGGGCCGGUCAUGAAUCCGCCGCAGGGGAGUGACGAGCGGGUGGUUUUCACGCAGCUAAAGCCGGUGAGGAUGUCCAGAGCAGCGGACGGUGCCGAGGACUCAUCCGUGUUUGAGGACGUUAAACCCGGGGCCCAGUUGGAGAUGGACAAAUACCUCCCACAGAUCACCAGCUCGCUCUUGAGUCCUGCCAUCAACCUGACUGACAAGAAGUACCGGCGGGAGAGCGCAUCGGUGGUGGACGAGUACUUCUCUGAAGACAAGCCCGGUGCCCCCUACAGCCUCAACAUCAACCUCAUCCUCCCCAGCUCCAGCCACCUGCGCACAGGCCUCUAUCGCCACAACGCCAAGACCCUGGCCCCCACGCAGAUCAAGACAGAGCCCGGACUGGAGGUGCCCUGCUCUUCUGCCAGCACCCAGGCCCUGCCGGACUUCACCUCAGUGUUCAAUGUUCCCCCCGUGGUCAAUGGUGUCUUCAUCAAGCCAGACCUGAGCUCUGGGGAUGUCACCCUUUCUGGCGGGUCACAGUCACAACAGAGUUUGGACACAGAGCUUCAUAUUGGACCCCAGGCCCCUCAGCCUCAGGUCUACCACAUGCCAGUCAACAACGCGGCAGACCUUACCAUGACUCUGUCCCACUCCGUACCCACGGCGUCUGGUUCUCGGACCAUGCUGAACCUCGGCAAUGCCAGCAACGGGGGUGGCUACAUGUUGGCCGAGCACCAGUUGGGAGCGCAUCACGGUUACUACCAGGCGUCUGCCGCCCAGCAUGCGGGCCCCCACAGCUUGCCACCCUCGCCCCCAAACUCGCAACCGGGCAGCCCUGAUGCUCAGCCCGAACUGCUGAGUUUGGCCAGCCAGCCGCCGCCCCCCUACCAACAGCAUCUAGUGGGUGGGAUAAAAGUGACGGGGUUGUCCCCUCACGCCAUGCUGAUGACGCACGGCCAGGGCGUCCUGACAGGGCCCAAAUACAACAGGCGGAACAACCCAGAGCUGGAGAAGAGGAGGAUUCAUUUCUGCGACUACCCAGGCUGCACAAAAGUUUACACAAAGAGCUCGCAUCUGAAGGCACAUCAGAGGACACACACGGGCGAGAAGCCGUACCGCUGCACGUGGGACAACUGCGACUGGCGUUUCGCCCGCUCCGACGAGCUGACCCGACACUACCGCAAACACACGGGCGCCAAACCCUUCAAGUGCGUGGCCUGCAGCCGAUGCUUCUCGCGCUCGGACCACCUGGCCCUGCACAUGAAGCGCCAUCAGAACUGAGAAACCCCCGAACAGAGCCCGGUGGGAUCCACCGCAGGAAGCACGGACAAGUGGGAAGAUUUCACCGUAAACUAUUUUUCUUUUGUUUUUGUCCUAACCACAAUGCAUUUGGUCAAAAUUAGGGAUGUGUUUAACUUGACAAAUUACAAAAGAAAUGUAAAUAUGGCAAGUGAAGCACAAAAUCUCUGAUUCACACACAAUAAAAAAAGUAAAGUCGCGGCAAGUGUUGUGUGAAACCUAUGCCAAGGUCCAAUUGUUUUUGUCAACUCACACGUUGGCAUUUAGCCGUUGAAAUUUGUUCCGUUUUUAACGUGGAAAAAAAAAAAUCUCAUUGAACCCCAGAAAUUUUAGCUUCUUCCUUGAAUCAUGCAUCACAUUUCCACUAAAGUUUUGUGAAAAUUGGUUACGUUUUUGACUAAAUUCUGUCAAAAUCGGUUGCAUUUUUUUUUUUUUUUUUACUAAAUUGAAUCCAAAUCGAUUACGCUUUUGACCAAAUUUUGUCAAAAUCAAUUGUUUUUGACUUAAGAAAUGACCCAAAAAAAAACUCAUGACAAGUGGAAUGCAAUAGCCUACUUCUACCAAGGCCCCCAAAAAUCUCGGAUUCGAGCUUAAAAAUUUUUUUUUCGUUGAAUCAUGCAUCAUCUUUCCACAAAAUUUGGUUGAAUUCUGAUACAUCUUUAACUUGACAAAAAAAGUAACGUCAUGGCAAGUGGACUUUGAAACCUUCACUGAGGCCUACAUUCUUUUCCUUGACUCUCGCCACUCCUUUGGUUUUGUUUAAAAAAAAUACUAUUAAAAAAACUAACUAACAAGUGUGGGGGGGAAAAAAACUCAAGGCAGAAGAAUAAUUCGUAGAUAUGCACGUGAAUUUUGAUGACUUAUUCCUUGAAUAUUUUUUUAUUCCCCGAACUGUUGACAUUGGGCAACGUCAAACGAUGAAAAAAGUAAACUCACGAGUGGGGAACUCAUUAAAUCUGCCGCGAACAAAAAAAAAAAAAAAAAGUGUUUUAACUUUUAACUCAUGCUCCAACUUUCCGCAAAAUUUCAUCGAAAUCGGUUCUGUUGCUUUCACGAAAAAACACAAACUCAUCAAGACUUUUUUGCAAUAUUGACAAAAGUACUAGCAGCAGAAAUAAUUAAACUGUUGAUUUCUUGGCUAAUGCGCUACGUAUACAAAAUUUCUUCAGAAUGUUACGUUUUCAAUUACGACAACAACAAAAAAAACUUGUCAGAGCAAAUCAGGCAAACUACUUUUUAGCCUUUGUAUACAUUGUAAUUUUCAUUUUGUAGUCAGUCUUUACUCAUUCAUUGGUGAGAUUUUGUCUGUGCUAAUUCUUCCUUUUUCGCAAUAACUUUCCGUUGGACAGGUGGAUGCCCCACUUCACUCUCAUUGUAAAUAUGUUUAUAUAUCUAUUGUGCCUGCGAGGAUAUUUUAAAAAAUGAAUGUAUUUAGAUUUAUAGUACACUUGCCUUUUUUUUUUUUCUUUCCACGUUUUGUUGAUAAGAGUCAAACUUCUCAAGUUGUGUUUAAGGGGAGAAAACAGAAAGGAAUAAAAUAGAAUUGGAAUUAGUCAUGGACUGGUUAUGCCUGUUUUGGAGGUGACAGAGCAUAGUGGUGAGCUGAUGUUUGUGUUGGUUGCUUCCGAUGGCAACCAAGUGAACUAAUCAACAAUUUUAAUAAUGUCAUUUUUUUUAAUCAUUUGAAAAAAAAUUUUUAACCCCCCCACCCAUCAAUGCACCACGGUUAAAUCUUUUAUUCCUUUUUUAGUUUGUUUUUUUAAAUGGCUUUGCAAGCAUUCAAGUUAUCCAACUGGAGCGUGGACAUAAACGGCAACAAAAAAAAAAAGUGUAAUUUAAAAAAUGUUUUCAUGGCUUUUGUAAAUAUUUCUAUGGUUUUUACUUCGCUCAUCAGCAUUUGAAUGUUGAAUCGGUAUGUUCAUCAAGAGCCUUUGUGGUGUUUUCUAUUUUUUGAGUUAAAGUUUUUUGAGAUAAUAAAAAAUGACCUACAUGA